AUGUCUUCGAGUGAAAGAACCGGUUUAAUUGCAAGCUCUGGAAAUGAAAGCGAUCCAACAGGCCUCAGCUCUACGAAUAGUCCCAAGGACAAUAGUAGCGGCACCAACAGUAGUACCAGACUAGCGAUUUUCAUUGCAUAUCUCGGGGCAUUUCUUGCUAGCUCUGACGAGUCAGUCGUCAUCGCGACCUACGAUGUCAUUGCUUCCGAGUUCCAUGAACUCGCCAAAGGCCAUGGCUACUCUAUCAGCGCAGCAAUGACUGGGUUGAUAGCAGGGCGAAUCGUCAGUGGCGUCGGCGCUGCUUGCAUGGCCAUCACAAUCUCGAUAAUCAUCACAGAUCUUGCUGCUCCGCGUGAUGUUGCCCUUUUGCGGAGCUAUACCAACGUUGUAGCUAUGAUCGGACGGGGCGUUGGGGCUCCAAUAGGUAGCAUCGUGGUCAAUUCACUUGGUUGGAGAUGGGCGUUUGCUGGUCGGUUGCCACUCAUUGUGCUCUGUUUGGUUGUGUCCCAAGUAUACUUCCCAGACCACCACAAAGAGACCGCCGAGCCCCAAACUUCCCACGGGGGUAAUAUCAAGCAACUUGAUUACUUGGGCAUUGCUACCUUUGCAACUGCGGUCGUGGCUCUGUUGAUGGCCAUCACAAUUACAGGCCAGGAAGGCGGCAAGAUGUCCCACCUCUAUUUUUGGCUGGUGAUCUUCACACUUGCAGCAAUCUUCUUUACCUUGCACGAGAUUCUGUGGCCGAAAAGACCGCUGGUGCCUCUUAAGCUGGCUACCAAAGGUAUCGGUCAAUAUUGGUUGGUGGAGCUCCUGAUCUUCAGCGGGAGAAAUGGGCGUGUUGCUACUAUAACUCAAUACCUCGCCCAAGUGAAGCGUCUUCCGGAGGCUACGGCUUCAAUGUACCUCGUUCUUUGCACGAUGGGACUUGCGGUCGGGUCCAUGACUUCCGGCUUCGCCAUCCAGCGAACAAAACGGUACAGAACGCGAAGUCUUUACUCCGCUGUCAUCAGCAUCCUCUCAUCAAUACUCCUCUUUUUCGCUUGGCAUUUUCGACCAUCCGGUCGCGGAGUCUUUGUUGGUGAUUCCCAUGAUCGCGCGCCGCCAGAGGUCCUGGCGUCUUCGAUUGGAGCAUACUACCUCAGCCAGCAGCUGGGUUUGAUUGUGGGUGCAGCAAUGGGACCCUUGGUCGUGAGAACUGGGUUCAAGCACGACAUUGCCGGGCGGCUGAACGAGUCGGUCAUCCGCAAUGUGCUUCGCGAUGCCAAGUACGUCGAUACCCUACCGGAAGAUAUACAGAGAGUAGUCCGUUCCUCCUUGGGCUACGGAUAUCAAUUCGUACCAGUACUUGCAACGGUCACUGUUGCUCUCUGUGUGCCCAGCCUGGUGUUGACGCGCGAACAAUCGGUGGAAUAA